GAACAAUAGUGACAAUGGAAGAGGAGGGGUGGAAGGGGAAGAGAUCCUCCGAUCCACGUCCAUGCACGGAGUGCGGCAAGAAGUUCUGGUCGUGGAAGGCACUCUUCGGGCACAUGCGAUGCCACCCUGAGCGUCAGUGGAGAGGGAUCAACCCUCCGCCCAACGCAAGAAGACAUCAUCAACAGCAGCAGCAGCAACGACAACAGCAACAACAGAUGACGAUGAUAAUGAGCCAGGAAGACCACGAGGUGGCUGCCUGUUUGCUUCUGCUGGCGAAUUCCAACAACAGCAACAGAGAGAAAGGGAAAGAGAAAGAGAAGGAGGAAGAGGUUCAGCAGUGGCAGUUCGAGUGCUCGAGUUGCAACAGGGUGUUCGGAUCGCACCAGGCUCUUGGAGGGCACCGUGCGAGUCACAAGAACGUGAAGGGGUGUUUUGCGAACACUGGUAAUAAUGUAAGCAUAGGGUUAGGCAUUGGAAGUAGCGGGAAGUGUGAGGAGGAGAACGUGAACAUGAACAUGAACAUGAGUGGUGAUGGUCACAAGUGCAGCAUAUGCCUGAGGGUGUUCUCCACAGGGCAAGCACUUGGUGGGCACAAGAGGUGUCAUUGGGAGAAUCAGAAAGGGGAAAACCUUCUCCUCCUUGACUCACCUAAGUCCUCCCUCGACUUGAAUUCUCCUCCCCUCACUCUCGAUUUGAGGUUGGGACUCUAGUCUCCACUUUCUCACUUAGGUUUUACACUAUCAUAUACCUGCUUUCCAAUUCAUUUAUGUUCCUUCUUCCGAAUAACUCAUAUUUGUAUUAAUACCAUGCCGCCGGCAACAACAUGCUAUCCAACUAUACCAUAUUAUUAACAAACAACCAAAGAUGUGCACUAUGCUGUAUAUGUAUAUAUUUCUCCCUCUUGUCUUUCUUUGAUGGAUAUAUAUGAUGAAACCUUUCCUUUCAGAAUAUGUGUAGUCGUCAAAUUUAUGCUUUGUAUCAAACUCUGACAUGAUUAAUGGAUACCUCAGAAGUUUAUA